AAAAUACCCAAAAAGCAAAACAAAAAUAAAAAUAAAAAUAAAAAGAAAAAAAUAUAUAUCAUCCUUCUUGCUUUGUGCCUACUCUCCUCGCAAGAAAAGUAAAGUUCUUUGGCAUUCUUCUUCGAUGGAUCGUCCUCUACUCUCUGCCUCUCUUGUCGCUCUCGUCGCCCUCUCUUUCUUCUCAGAGGUGAACUCAGCUUCUUUCAAACUAGUCAACAAGUGCCGCUACGAAGUAUGGCCCGGAAUACUUUCCGGCGCCAACACGGCUCCGCUCUCCCCCACUGGCUUCGCGCUCAAACCCGGCAAGUCCCGGACCCUUUCCGUACCCAAAUCUUGGUCGGGUCGGCUCUGGGCUCGGACUCUAUGCACCGGAUACUCGCCCGGUAACUUCUCCUGCGUCACAGCCGAUUGCGGCUCGGGAAAAAUCGAGUGUGCCGGAGGUGGCGCGAAACCGCCGGCUACGUUGGCCGAGUUCACGCUCAACGGCACCAACGGAUUGGAUUUUUAUGACGUCAGCUUGGUGGACGGGUACAACUUGCCGAUGCUGGUGGUGCCACGUGGAGGUACAAGAGGGGGAUGCAGUCCGACUGGGUGCCUCGUCGACUUGAACGGCAAGUGCCCCAGGGCGCUGAGGGUGCGUGAGAGCGGAAGGGGGAGCGUGGCGUGUAGGAGCGCGUGCGAGGCGUUUGGGGAUCCGCAGUUUUGUUGUAGUGAGGCGUACGCUACGCCCGACACGUGUCAACCGUCGGCGUACUCGCUGUUUUUCAAGCAUGCUUGCCCACGCUCGUAUAGCUACGCGUACGACGACAAGACGAGUACGUACACGUGCGCCUCCGCCGACUACGUCAUCAUUUUCUGCCCCUUGCCUUAUACAAGUCUAAAGGUGUUGGGAGCUCGAAAAGAUGGGGCCCCACUACCACUGGUUAACAAGACCAUGAUGUACCUCUAAGGAGCCAACAUGCACGGGGUGCUUCCACAGGAAGGCAGUAUUACAAAUCCCAGCUGGGCAGGUUCGAAGGUCGAUGACUGGCUUUCCGCCUGACCUUCGUCGUUGCAUUUGCUAUUAGUUCACUGGUAAGGAUUAAUGGAAAAAAAUUCUACCGUCCCACAAAAAUCUUGUAGAUAAGUUUUGUGUAGUUGAUCACUCCUAUGAAGUCAUAUAUAUACAUAGGACUGUUCGAAUUUUGCCUCUGAUGACUUGCUACUUCAAAACUCAGUUGUAAUAUUGGGAGAAACUCGGAAUUUCUCAGUUGAAAAGCUGCAAAUUUUUGUGAUGCACUUGUGCAGUUGCCACGAU